GAGUCCACCGUCGCAUUCUCGGUCUUUCAAGAGACCACUCACUCAUCUGAAGAUGCCGCCAAAGGCCAAGAGGCGGCGCGCGCGCAAGGCCCGGACGGCCGCCGUUGUCUCUGACUCGUCGUCUUCUGACUCGGACUCGUCUUCUUCGUCGUCGUCGUCUAGCUCAGCUGUGAGCGGCGGCGUAUCAGAGGCCAAGGUCAAGGCGGUACGUGCAGCUUCCGCGGCCUCGUCAUCGGCCUCGUCAUCGUCGUCGAGCAGCGAAGAAGAGGAAGAGGAGUUUGAAGGAGAAGAGCAGGUACGACGCAAGCGGAUGAGGCGGGGUCAGCCGUCGCCGAUGCCGAGUCUGUCCGAGGAGCGCUUCUGGUCCGACAACGAUGACGAUGACGAAGAGGGGAGAUGGAGGAGGAGUCGAGGGCCGAUGCGCAGGGAGCGCCUGCCGUUUGACUCGCACGCCCUCCGGCUGCUGGAAGCGUCCAGGGCGAAGCGACGGGGCGUCGAGGCGACACUGGCACAGAAAGAAAAGGAGGAGCAGGAGCAGGAGCGGCGGCGGCAGCCGGGCAAGCAGGAGCAGGAGGAGGCGUUUGAGUCCAUGUACAUGCGCGCAGUCGUGGGCGAGUACGCAGAGGAGCUGGAUGCGAUCCGGAGAAAGGAGCCCGGGCUGGGCGACGCCGACGACGGCGGGCGGAUGGGCCUCCUCAUCGACGCCCUCAAGGCUGGCAGCGAGCUCUUUUCGCGCAGCGACCCCGACGAGGUGGCGCUCGUCAUGGGUGACCGCUUGUAGCAGUAGUAGCCAAUUGAUCAUAACCGGACUGUCUCU